AUGACAAGUAAACAACGAUCAAACUCUUUUUCCUCUACUACUAUUUCCGAUGCAAGUGAAGAAACGGUCACUGGCCAAAAGGCGCUUGACAGUGGGGAGUUAGAUGAACGAUUUAAGGAUAUUUUUGGUGGUAGUGAGGAAAGUGAUCUUUCGGACUUGGACUUGGAAAGUGUAGAUUUAAGUAGUGACGAGGAGGAUUCAAAACAAAAAGCUAAAAAAGCCAGAAUUCAGCAGUCUCCGGUAAAGCAAAAAUUGAAAAGACCGGAUGACGACGAAAAAGAUAAAGACUAUAUUGAGGAGGGAGAAAUCAGAAAGACGGCAACUGCGACGGCGACGAAAUCUAAGGGGAAAAAGAAGAGAGCUAGUCAUAUUGAGAUUUCGGAUAAAUAUGUUGUGGAUUCGGAUGAGGAAGAAAAUGAGAAAGGAAAGGAGGCGGAAAUUGAGGAGAGAAAAUCAAAGUCUACACCAAGAAAGAUUAAACGUAAAAAGUCAGAAGGAAAAGAUGAUGAUGACGAUGAUUUUAAGUCAAAAGAACUGACUCCUCUUGAAGCUAUCAGAAAGCAAGUCGACAAACACUUUGAUGAAAUUUUAAAGAGCAAUUCACCACGAAAGAAAAGACGAAAGAAUGAUAUUGAACUUGAUCAGUACAAUGACGAUCUAGCUGCUAGUUUAUACAUUAAAAUGAUCCAAGCCGCUGACAAAGAUAUCGAAUAUAACAAAAUUAACAGGCCAUCCUUUGCUAAAUCAGAUUACUUUCCAGAAGCUUAUGCAAUUCUCACAAAGGCAAAUAUGACAGAAACAUUACUAGAACAUAAUAUUCUUGAAGCGAUUCGUGCUUGGCUUGAACCUUUACCUGACGGUAAUUUGCCUCCGAUUGGUUUGCAAGAGCCAUUGCUCGAUUUCCUUGAUAGACUGCCGGUAACUCUCGAACAAUUACGUUCAAGUCAAAUCGGAUUCAUUAUCAGGUUCUACAACAUUUGUCCUGGGAUAGCCGAAAGGAUUCAACGCAAGGCCGAAAAAUUAGUGCAAAAAUGGUCUCGAUUAAUCUUUAAUCUCUCGGAUGAUUAUCGAAACAGGCCUGUUGAAACUGUUGUAUAUGAUCCUGAAGCAGCAAGGCAUGUAUAUUAA